AUGACGGCAGGUCUGGCAGUGCUUGUAGCCAUGAGUGUCCUGCUCUUUGUUGGGGCCAUUGUGAUGUUGCUCUUCUUUUGUCGUCGUAUUCAAGUCCAGCGAGAGCGUGAGUCUCUUGUGUUUACUCAGGAACCAGCUGAUGUUUACCGUGAGGAACUCAAUGACAGCUUUACAGAGCAGACACUGUGGCGCUGUGGGGUGUGUAAAUUCCUCAACCAUCCAGAACGAAAGCUGUGUGACUUGUGUCAGACUUUAAAGGGUGCAGAACGAGACGUAGCAGGUAAUAAUAAUCGCUCCCGACGUCGCAGUUUGACGCAGCAUUCCAAUAGUAGCAGUUUAAGCUCUUCUUCCACCCAUAGAAUGGGAAGAAUUGGUGAGAUGGAAGCUUUUGCAUCGGCACAUGGCGAUGAUGCAAUUGGUGGGUCUUUUAGUCGACAAAGUUUUGAGUAUUUGAAAAAAAAGAAAAAGUUGAAAAGCAAAAUGAGUAAAUUGCAAUUAGCUGCUAGUCGACGACAAGAGUGGAAACGAAUGCCAACAACUGAUGGGUUACAUCGAUGGGUUCGACAGCAAUCUACCAGAGGACAUUCAAGAGCUCAACGAACUUCAAUGGAGAGUGAUCCAGGAGGAAGGUUGUCGCUGAAUCGGUACUUGGAUGCGACGGACCGAGACAGCAACUUGUCUGUUGGAUAUAUUCGCGUAAGAGAUUCCAUAGGAAGAUUGGUGCUGAAUGAGAGUGAUGUGGUUGCGACGGAUUUCCACUACAGGAUUAAUAUUCUAGACGGUAAAGGCAGCUCGGAACUCAUUAUGAAUCUCGAGCGCGUGCAUAAUUUGCCAUUCCCAGACAAGAUUCGCUGGUUCUCGACGGAAAUUCAUCGGCUGUGGCUACCCUGGGAGUCUGGACAUGCAGAGCUCGUGGUGCGACGGGAUCAUCUGUUGCAGGACUCCUUUGAACGUGUAACAGCUAUGAAGCCGUUUCAGUUGAGACAGAGGUGGCGUGUGGUUUUUGAUGGAGAGCCAGCGCUAGAUGCAGGUGGCGUUAUGCGCGAAUGGUUCACGCUGCUGUUUGCUGAACUUUUUGACCCGACCUUUGGACUUUUCGUGAGCACGGUUGGAGACGAACGAAGUUAUUGGAUUAACGCGAGCUCAGACUUGCUAAUUGGUGAGGAUGACCACUUGGCUUAUUUUGGGUUUGCAGGAAGGCUCGUGGGCAAAGCAAUUUUGGAAGAGCAUUUGAUGCCGGUGCAUCUCGCACUACCAUUCCUCAAGCACAUUCUGGGUGUGCCGAUCUCAUUCUCCGAUUUGCAAUUCCUUGAUGACGAGAUAUACAAUAGUGCAUUGAUGGUGAAAAAGAUCGACGACAUUGAACCGUUGUGUCUGGACUUUACAGCCACUCGCGUUGUGGAUGGCAAGGCGGACGUCGUUGAGCUUGUCGAGGGUGGCGUUAAUAUCGACGUAACACGUGAGAACCGCUCUCGGUAUUUGGACGCACUCUUUAAAUACCAUGUGCUGGGAAGCAUUAGCGCUCAACUGCUAUCGUUCCUUACGGCGCUCUACGACGUAGUGCCUGAAGGACUGCUUAAGCUGUUUGACUACCAAGAGCUUGAACUACUGAUGUGUGGAGUGCCAUCUAUCGACGUAGAGGAUUGGAAGAAACACACCGACUUUAAGUUUUUUACACACAACUUUCCCACGGAACUCGAGCUCCGAAACAUUGAGUGGCUAUGGGAGGUAGUGGAAGAAAUGAGGAACGAGGACCGCGUUCGCUUGCUUCAGUUCGCGACAGGCACUAGUCGAGUCCCGGCGCAGGGUUUUAAGGGUUUGAUCAGCAGUGACGGUCGUGUGCGGCGUUUUAACGUUGCGUUUGCUGGCACGAACCCUUCGUUCCUAUUUCCAAAGGCACACACGUGUUUCAACCGUCUUGAUCUGCCUAUCUAUAAGUCGAAGGAGGUGAUGGCGGAGUACGUCAAUCUAAUCGUACAGAUGGACAUCACCGGUUUUACCAUCGAGUAA